AUCACAUGACAUGGAGCUCCAAGAAUCCAUAAUUAUGUUGCUGAUAUUUUUGGCCCCCAAAAUAUGUCAGCUUCCAACUGUCCUUAUUCUCCUCCAGAAAACCUUUACUACAGGAACAGAAACGGGGGAAAAAAACAACAACAAAUACAAAUAAUGUCAUGCCAGGAUAACAUGGCUGCGGGUCAUUUCCUUCUGGAUUCUUUGAUGGGAGGAUCAUCUUCCUAUAGAGGCGAAGGCUACUCCAACAGCAACCAUGGAAUGUACAUCCACCCGGCUGCAUCUGAGUAUGGAUGCUCAAUGAUGAGACAUUUUGGAGUAGUUGGAUCGAAAAAAGACGAGGUUCCUCUGAGCAGCCACCCUCUCGGCUCCUACCAAGAUGCGCCUUACCUGUCAUCCCAACUGGGCACAUGGACCUCGGCUUCCAAAACUAACAGGGACGAGCAACCUGUUGCCCAGUCCAGUUUACAACCGUGUUCGUUUCCAACCGACAACGUCAAAGAGGAGGCGUUCUGUUGUCUGUAUCAGGGUGACAGUAGCAGCAGGGCUAAUAAGGACGCUACAGAGUCGGCUACUUACAUCCGGCUUGGGAACAAUAGUAGCAGCCAGACCGACCAAACCGCUGUCUCGGCGACGUCCGAAUGUUAUGGAGGAGAGAAACAGGUAUACUCCAGAGGGAGCAGGGGACAGCGAAAAGAGCAGGUCGCUUCUUUGGACCAGGUGACGACAUCUGUUGAAUCACCCAGAGAAUCAACGGUUAAAAUGAGCAAAUCUACCCAGGAGACAGUCAGCGAGGAAAUGCGCAACGAAAAGGCAAAUCAGGGAAAGAGCAUGAAAGAGGAAAGCGCAAAGACUGACAGUUGUUCUGAUAACUCCGACAGCGAAUUGAAAGAUGAUUUUACACUGGAAAAUGCUCCAGGAAACUGGUUAAAAGCCACAAGUGGACGGAAGAAGAGAUGCCCGUACACAAAGCACCAGACGCUCGAGCUGGAAAAGGAAUUUUUGUAUAACAUGUACCUGUCUCGCGAGCGCCGCCUGGAGAUCAGUAAGAGUAUCGAUCUGACCGAUAGACAAGUCAAGAUCUGGUUCCAGAACCGAAGGAUGAAACUCAAGAAACUCAAUAAGGAAUGUCGUGGACGGGAUCAUAUGGCAGUCCACAACUUCACUUAAAAUUAUUUUAUCUAUAAAACCAUUCCAUAUACACCCAAACACACAUACACAUACACAUACACAUACACAUACACAUACACCAACACAUACACAUACACAUACACAUACACAUACACAUACACAUACACAUACACAUACACAUACACAUACACAUACACAUACACAUACACAUACACAUACACACACAAAGUGUGCCUUCAUACAAGGACAAUAUUUCAACGAUGCCCAAGAGUACAUUACUUUAUCAAGGAGGGACUUGGUUUCGGGUCAGCAGUUGAGUUUGCCUUUCAACACAUGAACAUUGAAUAGAGGUGCCGGUUGCCCUGCCAACAUAGAACUGCUAGAACUGCCGGAAUGAAAACAGACAUUGUUUGUUUUGGAAUGUUUCCUCAUUCCGUUGCUUCAUCUUGUUGUCUUUAGUUUAGUUGCUUCUGCUAUGUAGGCCAUGAUAGGCUAUUCGCACUGUUUGCAUGCACAUUGUUGCUUGCGUCAUAUAAGACCCGUUGACGAUUCCUAAAGGAAAACCGUGUCCAAUAGAAUAAAGGAGGGGAUUUGAAAUGAAAUAUAUAACAUAUAGCUUGUCCUUCCCCUUAUUAUCAUGUUAGCACUCUGAGAAAGGAAAAGACAGAGGGGAAGAGAGAGAGAGAGAGAGGCUGAAGAUGAGAGUGGGAAGAUCAUGGCCGUUUUAAUAGAAGAGAUUGGUUUAAAUAGUAUCCAGGUGACCACAGUAAGUCAAGGUCAUAAAAGUAUUAUGUCAGGAUCGUCUCGUGGUAGAAGCAUGAGCUCGGGGUGGAUUUUAUGAUCUGCAAAUAUAAUGUGCUAGCUGGCUGCUGCAGUAAAGAUGCAUCGUUUAAACGUGUGUGGAGGAGAGGGCUAGGCUAGUCUACAGAGUGGAGAGUGUCUGCUUUGUACUGGAGUCACCAACGCGCUCGACGGGCUCCCUCUGCUAUGUAGCCUGCCGCCUACUUAUUUGACGAUACAGGGCUGUUUGUUAUCUCGUCAAGAAACGAAAAGGAUGGAUGAUAAACAACAACAACAGAAACAUCAAAGACAGCUUGAAUAAAUAAGGACCACCACGACAGAGUGUCUCCGGGGAAAUUCAAGAUAACCCAGUGGCAAAUUGGAUUCACGCGCGUUCUACAAGGAAGAAGAGGUGCCCUUAUUCAAAAUACCAGACUCUCGAACUUGAAAAGGAGUUUUUGUUCAAUAUGUACCU